AGGAUUUUGGUUCCUAACAUGAAAAACAAACACAUCAUUCCCAGAAGAUUACAGUGCAGUGACUCUGCCUGUAAAAACCGCAGGUUUUACUUCUGCAGAGACCACCAAGUCUAUUCAUGCAGAGGAUGUGCCAGCAAAAUGCAUUACAAAUGUCAAAUUGUGAUCAUCCAAGAUCUCACCGAUCUCAGAACUGAUGUCAAGGAAGUCCAGAAGCUAGUUGUGAGGUUUCAGGAACUGGCAACAGAGAAUGGGUUGGAAGUAUAUCUUCCUAAUAUUGACAGUGUCAUCAAAGAUUAUCAGGGAGACUUGACUGAAAUUGAAAGAAAGAUAAAUGAAGCCAUUGCUCAUGAUGAUCAUCAGCAAUUUGACAUUCUCAGAUCUCAAAUAAGAGAGAUACAGAAUCACAUGGCUGAUCAACAAGUCAUCAAAGAUAUCUUGUUCCUGUCCACCACUAGAAAUGCAAGUAGAUAUGGCCUUCCGAGGGUCAGCGAUGAGUUUUCAUCUGCUAUCAAGGUAGAGCGAACAAUUGAAACUGUAGUCAAGCAUAAUAUUAAAUUGAUAGAGAAGAAAUUUGCUUCUAAAGCAAAAGAAAUUGAAUAUCAAUGAAAAGAUAGACUCUCAGAAGAAUUCAAGGAGCGUAUCCAGACAUUGCAGGCUCAGAAAGAAGCCCAAGACAUUGAAAUCGAAGAACAGAAACAAGCUACAGAGCAGGUGCUCAUGCAAGCUCAAGAUAUGCUGAAACAAAAAUAGAGAAACUUUCACCCAAAAUCAGGCUUUACAGAGCCAGAUGGCACAACUUGAAAGAGAAUUAUCACAAAAAGUAAAACAGAUCAAGCGUGUCAAGGCUCAAAAUAAGAAAGAUCAGGAAGGAAUCUCCAAAAUGAGUGAAGCAAUGGAAGAAAAUAUAAUACAUGUAGAAGAAUCUAAAGAAAUGGUCAGAGAUCGUAUCAAAAAUACUUACAAAGACUUCAAUCUUGAUUCUACUGAGCUUGCUCUGGACAUGGCAGAAGAAAAUUCUCAGAAAUUAGUAAAGGCAAUGGGAGAAAGUAAAUGCGCUCUUGGAGACAUGCACAAGCUAACGAUUGACAGAAUGGUCAAUGAAGAUACUGAUCUCAAUGAGUUUAUGAUUUACUCAUCUCCUUCCUCACUCAAUCUCUUUGUCUUCAACCAUAGCUUUCUAGGAGGAGGCAAAGCAGUUAGAAUAAAGUUCUACCUGAAAGGCCUGAAGAAGAUCCUUCAGAGAGUGACUGAGGAGGUAUACUUGGAAUGCUUGGUGAUCAAUGAAACUGACUUAAGUAAAAUAGUCAAAUGGUCGUCCAAUGCAGAGAGACUGACGGUUAGAUAUAGCAAAAUUUCAACUUCAGCCUCUCUUGAUUUCUCCUCCUCUGGCCAAUCCAAGCUCAAGUACCUCAGCUUCUUCAACUGAGGCUACAGUGACUGGUGUAAUAUGAGGUGGGAUGAGUCUCCAGAAAAGUUCGAACAGAUCAUUGUUGCAAUUAAGAACUCCUCCCUCAAGGACUCCCUCACCCACAUCAAUGUAAGGAGAUGAAACAUAUCACCUUCUAAGGUCUCUGAAUUGCUGAGUUCUCACGGGCUGUCUCACAUCAGUGCAAUUGAUGAAAUAAACGGCCCCUUAGAUGAUUAA